AUGAAUAAAAGCAUAAACAUGUUGUUAUCACUCAAUCGUUGUUACACAAGUUGCACAGCUAUUCAAAGAGAAAUGCUUGAAACGUGCUUCGAUUCUUCGAAACCUACUGAUGUUGAAUGUCAAAAGUGGGACGUUAUCGACAAUGAACAAUGCAAUGAUAAUGAAGAUGUCAGAAAUGGUUUGAAUGUUCGAAGUGUGAGUUUAAAACGUGGCUCCUCCAUACAAAUGAAGUUGAAAUUAAAUAGAACGAUUUUUGUAAUAAAAUUGUGGCGGUGGGAUCAGCAUCAAUUAGGCACCAAAAAUCCUACAAAAGCGACAUGA